AAAGAAGCAUGUCUGUCAGAGCAAUCUAUCAUGAACAAAAGCAUAUAGGAGAGAAGAUUAAGAAGACUAAAACCCAAUUCAUCUUCAAAUUUGAGUUAGAUGGACUACAACACCAGAUAGAGUUCCUUGUGUCAAAAUUGACUGGAAAGAAAUAAGGUAAUUCAGGAUGGAGAAGUCGUCUUAGAACAACAAAAACUUGCCAAGAGCUUCCAAUUCCCUUUCAACAUAGGCAAACACAUGCUUAAUUUAAGUUAUGGCUUGAAAGGAGCAAAAUUGAGGAUUAACAAUGUUGCCUUUGAAGAUCUUUACCAAUCAAGAGGUUUUAAGGACACUCGGAUGCCAUCAGGUCACAGCAGACCUAAUGGAGGAAGACCAAAAGCAAGUACUACGUAUAACAGCAAGAAGAAGAUUACAGAUGGGUGGUCGGAUAUUCAAAGAGCCAAGGAUUCAGUCAAAUAUGAUGAUAUUCCAGAUCCAUAUGCGCAUGAUAAAAAAUUAAGCUCAGAAGAUAGAAAAUCAACAGAAGAUACUCAUAAAGAGAAGAAAAGCCUUAGAGAUAUAGGAAAAAGACAGAAAUCAUCUACUGUCAAGGAAAAGAAGAGUGAGGGAUUUGGGGAUGAAGCUGAUUUCAAUUGGGACCAAGAAGAUCAUAAAAAGCAAAGCUCGAAAAAUGAUGAUUUUGAUUUCGAUUUUGAGACAUCUUCUUCAUCAAAUCAAAAUAAAAAGUCAGAUGCAUUUGAUUUUGAUUCUUUUGGGCAAGAGUUGAGCAAGCCAGCUUCUUCAACAGAUCCAUUUGCAGAUAUGAAUCAACCAAAAUCUUCUGCGACAAGUGGACUUGAAGAUGUAAUUUUUGACCAGGAUCCUCAACCAAAACAAUCAGAGAGAGAUAUCUUCGGAAGUGAUUUCAAUCAACCUGCACCACCAACGAGCUCAUCUAACCCAUUUGAUGCCUUCACCACUCCAUCUGCACCUCAGCCUGCCAAACCUCAACCAGCAUACAACAAUUCAUUCCCUACUACUGCUCCUCCCACCUCUUUCGGAACUUCCCAAUCCACUUGGAACUCAAAUUUUACGAGUAACUUCUCAUCAGACCCCUUUUCAGAACCAGGAGCCUUCGAAUCCCAGCUUACAUCUGAUCCAAAUAAAAAUUUUGCUUCUCUAAAUCCCUUUGGAGACAAUGGAUUUGCAAAAUAAA